UGAGCAGCCAGAGCCACAGGAGAAAGAGGCAAGCAGUGAUCCGAAAAGUCAAUGCAAUUGUAGACCAUGUAAGCCGGAGUCAAGUGUCCAGAUCGAGGAACGGAAUAGUUCCGCUCGAUUCGACUUGGGUCUGAAUUGAGUUGGCAUAACCCUGUGCUCGCUUCUGGGCACCACAGUUCCAGAAGGAUAGUGACAAAUCUCAGAACAUGUCAAGAGAAAGAAGACCGAAAUGAUCUAAAAGGAAGGAAGCCCUCUGAGGAAUGGCUUAAGAGAGCUGGAUAUAUUUUGCGCGGAGAAGACCGAGAGGAAGGUGAGCUCAGCCUGCCCUACUGUUGUCCCGACUGAAGGCUGAGGGUCCCCAAAUCUUUCCAAGAUGGUGAGCCGACUGCCUCGCCCGGCAGACCUGGCCCGCUUCUGUCAGAAGCUCAACCGGGUGAAGACUCUGGAGGAGGACAUGAUGGAGACCUCCUUCAACCGAUGCCUGACCACCAUUGACUUGGCCCUGCUGGGUAUUGGGGGCAUGGUGGGCUCUGGCUUGUACGUGCUUACGGGCACAGUGGCCAAGGACACUGCUGGGCCUGCGAUUGUCAUUUCUUUCAUCAUUGCUGGCAUCGCCUCGCUCCUGGCGGCGCUCUGCUAUGCUGAGUUUGGUGCCCACGUGCCCAAGACGGGCUCGGCGUACAUGUUCACCUACGUCUCGGUGGGUGAGAUUUGGGCCUUCCUGAUCGGAUGGAAUGUCAUCCUGGAGUACAUGAUCGGCGGGGCAGCGGUUGCCAGAGCGUGGAGCGGCUACCUGGAUGCAAUCUUUGACCACCGGAUCAAGAACUUCACAGAGACCCACGUUGGCACCUGGCAUGUCCCCUUCCUGGCACAUUACCCAGACUUCUUGGCCUUUGGCAUUCUGCUCAUCGCAACAGCCUUGAUCUCCUUUGGGGCUCGCGUCUCCUCCUGGCUCAACCACAUCUUCUCCGCCAUCAGCAUGGGAGUCAUCCUCUUCAUCUUGGUGAUGGGCUUCAUCCUGGCCAGGCCCCAAAACUGGAGUGCCAGCGAAGGAGGGUUUGCCCCGUACGGCAUCUCCGGCAUCAUGGCUGGCUCGGCCACCUGCUUCUAUGCCUUUGUGGGUUUCGAUGUCAUUGCAACAUGCAGUGAGGAAGCCAGGAACCCCCAGCGAGCCAUCCCUAGGGCAAUUGCCAUCGCCUUGAGUCUUGCUACUGGCGCCUACAUCUUGGUUUCUGUGGUGUUGACACUGAUGGUGCCCUGGCAUUCCUUGGAUCCUGACUCUGCCCUGGCAGAUGCCUUUUACCGGAGAGGUUAUGCCUGGGCUGGUUUCAUCGUGGCUGCUGGGUCCAUUUGUGCAAUGAACACGGUUCUCCUCAGCAACUUGGUCUCUCUGCCCCGAAUUGUCUAUGCCAUGGCCGAGGACGGGCUUUUCUUCCAUGUCUUCUCCCGCAUCCACCCCCGUACCCAGGUCCCCGUGGUGGCCAGUGUGGUCUUUGGCAUCCUCAUGGCCAUCUUGGCCCUCAUCUUUGACUUGGAAGCCCUGGUCCAGUUCUUAUCCAUCGGCACCCUCUUGGCGUACACCUUCGUGGCGGCCAGCGUGAUCAUUCUGCGUUUCCAGCAGGCCAAGCCAGGAGCACCCAAUCCACCCAGAGGGAACGAGACGGCGCUGGCCUCCACAGAGAACAUCAGCACCCCUGAAACCAAGGAGUAUGAGUCUUUCUCAGACAAACUCCAGCUGGUGGGCAAGGAAAAAGGGAAAAGCCAGCGGGAGCCAGGGCAACUGAAGGCGGCUUUUGAACCCUACCUGGAUUUCCUCAGCGAUUUCUACCCGGGCGAAGUGGUCACAGUGGGCGUGAUCGUUCUCAUGGUGUCCGCCAUCUGCUUGUCAGCCAUCCUGGUCUUUGGGAGGAACCAGCUCCACCUGCCCACCUGGAGUUAUGCAUUGCUCCUCCUGCUCUUCGGCUUGGCCUUGGCGCUGAGUUUGUUCCUCAUCAGCAUCCAUGAGCAAAAACAGAGCACCCAGACAUUCCAGCUCCCGCUGGUGCCCUUGACUCCUGCGCUGAGCAUUUUCAUCAACGUAUAUCUCAUGCUGAAACUCAACUACAUGACUUGGCUGCGGUUCUCCAUUUGGCUCGUUGCAGGCUUGAUAGUCUACUUUGGCUACGGCAUCUGGCACAGCAAAGAGAACCUCCAAGAGUCCCAGGCGCAUGCCGUCAGUGCCCGCUACGUGGUCUUCCCCAGCGGCAGCCUCGAAGAGACGGUCCAGACGGUGCAACCCAGUACUCAGCCCUCUCAGGGUUUGGAGGAGACCGUGGAAGAGGAAGCCAAGAGAUGAUGGAGGAGGCCGAACCAGUGGAGACCGGUCCCUUCUGCCCCCCCCCCCCCGCCCAGCUCACCGAGUCUCCAGGGUUUGGGCCGAAAGAGGAGCUCUCCCCGAUCCAGCCAGCAAGCCUGUGGGCCUGGCAAGCUACUGCCAAUGGAGCAGAGAACCUACUGCUUCUCCUCUCUUGCUUGGCCCCCGUGUCUGUGACUGGGAAGCUGGGUACGUCUUGACAUUGGAUGCCCUUGGAAACUGCCCAGCCUGCCCCAUCCUCUGGCGUGGAUUUGGUCUUCACUCCAAAGCAAGUUGCUUCCCAUCUGCGGCUGCCCCACCAGGUAAAAGACUCUCCCCGCUGCUUCCCAGUUUCUUAUUUAUUCCUUUUGGGAGUCCUAGCUGGUCCUCUUUCCCCCAUCAUCCCAGGGAUUCAGUUGCAGGCGGGCAGCCUGUUUUUCAACUGGCUGGCAGCGAUCAGGCCUGCAGUUCCUGCAAGACGUCAUGCCAAGCAAGGGAAUGAGGAAGGGACGCGGCUUCUGAAUAGAAAAGUAGGGUUACUUGGCUGUCCAUUAUUGGACAAGGCUGUAUUGUGAUUUAGCUGAACGCUCUCACAUCACAAACCAUGUCUGACAAGUAUAAGCAACAACCCUAUGGGGAAUUUCUUCUUCUUCUUCUUCUUCUUCUUCUUCUUCUUCUUCACACUGUGAGCUUCUCUCUUGCAAAUGCUUAGCUGUCGCUAUUGGGCAAGCCCCUGGGCUUGCGUAUUUCAGUCUGUGAAAGGGGAGACGGCACAAAAAGCACACCUGAAUGCCCCACAGUGGCUAGUUGGAGCUGGCAGAGCAUUAAGUUUCCCCAGUAUACUUACUUACACUGAGGUCUAGGAGGUUGAAAGUAAAGGGAGGCCAGAGAAGAGGAGGGCAAAGCAAGUGGCAGCAUAAGGAAUCUGGGUGAGGGUGGAGAUGCACCCAAUACCAUCUGGCAGCCUUUGCACAGCCUGGCAAAAGCAUGACAGAAAGAGAUAGUAGAUACCUCCUUACACAACCUGGGUUGCAUGUACCCUGCAUAGCUCCAUAGCAGAGAUUCAGGCCCAGCCCAAUGUGUUGUAGGGCCAUGUCACUGGGCUACAGUUCCUCUCGCUCACACAGACUGCGGGAUGUGGCCACUUUUGUCAUAUGGAGAGAUGGCACCACUAAAAGGAUGUGGAACAAACAGCCAAGGCCCUGGCUGCAAUCCAGCAUCCCCUCGGCGUAGCAAAAAUAUCCACAUGUGGAGAUGAAGCUAUGCCAGCACUACCCAACCCCAUGUGCAAAAUAGCAACAUUGCACAACACUGGUCCAUGACUGGGCGCCCAACGCACAACUGCAAGCACAAUGUUGCUGUCUGCGCAAUUCCGAUUCCACCGCUGUCAGCAGAAUAAGUCUCUUGGCCUAUGGCAAGGGUGACUUAGAUAUGGCGUCUGUCCCUACCAGGUGGCCAGCUUUGGAGGGUCACCUGAAACAUUAUCAUGAGCCUCACAUGGAACACCUAGGGAAUAAGGAGCAGGUUGGAAGUCUGUUAGGGUUACCCUCUUGCCAACUGCCAAAGAGAAAUCUGUCUCCCAUUCCAAAGCAAGCAAAAGUCCAGUCUUCUUUUUGCCCCCGCUAUGGAGGUAGCAUGGCUACUUCUGGGUAUUUUUGGAGCUGGGGGUAUUGUACCAACAGUCAUCUGCUGUCAGUGAAGGUGCUCCUCUCUAGCGUGUUGUAUCUGUGUUCUGACUGCUGCUCCCAUCAGCCUGAAAAGUUGCAGCAGCCGCCGCCUGGCUACCAGCCUCACUGCUACCAUAUUUCCUGCUACGCUGCUUUGUGAAGCCAACCUUCUAUAAAGAUUUGUUGUACCUUG